AUGGCCGAAUCACCAAGAGCACGAAAGGCAGAAUCACAAAUGGCAGAGUCAAGAAAGGCACGAAAAGCAGAAUCACAGGAGGCAAUGUCACGAGUUGCGCGGAAGGUGGAAUACAACUACAGGUUGGUAGAAUCUUCACUGGUAACCAAGGCGAAAGAAAAUGUUCGAUGCCAGAAUCAUAGCAAACCAAAUCAACAAAAUCUGAAAAAAUUUUCAAUAGCGAGUGAUAUCACUAUGGAGUCGCACGAAGAACAAAACUCUAGUGAUAAUUGCAGUUGCUCUGAGGAAACCCAACCGGUAUUUUCCAAGGACAGCAAUCAGCAGCUCGACUAUUACCAGCAAGACACCAGCCCCAAAGCUUUACCCGAAGCGAGUAUUGUGUAUUCUCGAAAAAAUAAGGAAAUGCUCAACAUUGAAGGCUAUCUUUACAAUCUAGAUAAAAAGAAAAACCAGCGAUACUAUUGGGAUUGUGCAAGAAGGAGUUACAGGAAACAAAGUAACUGCAGUUGUCGUGCGAGAGCCAUCACGUUUUUGCGUGAAAACACACAUGAGGUUGUAUCACACGGAAACCAUGACCACCCUGCAAAUCCGAUCGAUUGCCUGGAAAAUGAAUAUCGUUACGCUCUUAAGCGUAGAGCAAUAGAUUGCAGUGAUGUUCCGUCGAAAAUUAUAAGAGAAGUCAGCUGCUCUAUGAACCCAAUCGUACAAACAAGGGCCAGCAAACAAGCUCAAAAAAUGGUGGAAUUACUAUCUAAUGCUGAUUACUGGAUGUGUGAUGGAACUUUCAAAACAGCACCAACUGGUUUCAGCCAGAUGUAUACAUUCCACGGGCUUGUGGGAUCCGGUCAAAGCCAACGAGUAAUUCCACUGGUUUACUUUUUACUGGGACGCAAAUGUCAAAAAACAUAUGCUACCGCUUUUGAAGCGUUGUCGGAUGUGCUCUCGGAUAACAGAAUGACAGUAAAGUGCGAAUACAUUCUUUCGGAUUUUAAAAAAGCUGCGCUCAAUGCGUUGCGAGAAGUUUUCCCCAUGCUGCAAAGCUUUGGAUGCUAUUUCCAUUUCACGCAGAACAUCAUGAAGCACUUGACGUUAUUAGGAUUAAAAUCAGCAUAUUCCAUGAACAUUAAUCUUUACAUGAGUACUAAAAAGAUCUGCGCGCUAUCAUUCUUACUGCACAGUAGAAUAGGCAAAGCAUACAAAGAGCUUAAACCUACUCUGCAGGACAUUCCUAAAACUUUUUUCGAGUAUUUCGAAGAAACGUACAUUUUGGGAAAAAACGAAAAUGGCCGCCCACUCUUCCCUCCAGCUUUAUGGAGUAACUACAAGGCCGUGAGAGCAAAAAUUCCACGCUCGACGAACCUUCUGGAGGCGUGGCAUAGAAGGUGGACGGUUCUCGUCGGUACAAAUCAUGUUAGCUUGUCGAAAAUAAUUACAGAAAUUCGUAAAGAACAACACGAGACGGAGGGAAUAAUACUACAGAUAAAAAAUGACAUUUUACCUGCUCAAAGUAGUGUAGAUUCGAGGAAAAAGGACCAACUUAUCUUCGAGAAAUGUAGCAAUUUAAACAAAUCAUCAAAUUUAGAAUUUUUAUGCUCAUUAAGCCUAUGCCUGGCUGCAAAAACUAAGAGAAUGUAA